AUGCCGUUCGAGAACGACGCUUUCGGCCCGCCCCGGCAGCCGCAACGGCCCAGCCACACGCGGGAGUCGAGCGGGGCUGCAACUGCGGACUCCCACCGAAUGGGCUCGUCAGUCGAGGAAGCGGUGCUGCAGGGCACGUCCGACUUGCUCGGCACGAACAACACGCUGUGGAGCACCGUGAACAGCACGAUCCGGAGCCAGACGCUCGGGCACCAGGGCGCGCACGUCCCUGGGCCCGCGUCCGAGUACGGGUCCUCCCGGUCGCUCCUGAACGCCUCGAACGUCUCCCACACGGGCGUCGGGCACGAGCUGGGCGGGUCGCACCUGCGGCCCGCGUUGCCCGCGAGGGACUGGGCCCGCGCGAGCGGGGCUUCAGCGGCAGGGGCGCAGCAGCGAGGCGUGUCGUUCGCGGGGUCGGGGGGCGCGGGGACGCACGGCGGGCGCGACACGCAAAGCUGGGACUGGGAGUCACAGGUCCCCACCUGGUUCAAGAUGGCCGACGCGGACCGCGACGGGGAGGUCGGCGGCCAGGAGGCGGCCGCGUUCCUCAAGAAGUCCGGCCUGUCGCAAGACGACCUCUUUCACCUCUGGAACGCCGUCAAGGGCGGCAGCGGCCGCGGCCUCUCGCCGGCCGAGUUCCUCCACGCCAUGCGCAUGAUCGGGCUCGUCCAGGCGGGCAUCCCCGUCCAGCGCGCCGCCCAGGAGAUGCGCGAAACCGACUUCAGCCGCUUCCCGGAGCCCGUGCUGGCGGGCAUCCCGCGCGGGGCCGCCCCGGCGCCAGGCGCUGCGGCGCACACGCAGAGCCUGCACUCGGGGCUCCCGCCGCGGCACACGGGGGGCGAGGCCGGGCUCAGCGCGGCGAUGGGGCAGCUGCGCACGAGUGGGCACGGCGGACUCGAGACGCGCCUGAGCACGGACACCACGAUCGAGGACAUCCUCGGGGACGACGAGGCGGACGAAGGCGGCAGCUUCCGCGGGAGGCGGUCCAACAGCCGCGUGUCGGACACCCCGGGGGGGACUCCGGCCAGUCUCAGCAAAAGCUUCCCGCCCGGGUACCCCGUGCACACGGUGCUGCGGCACCCGCCGCGCAAGGGCGCGGAGUCGAUCACGACGUGCAUGGCGACGUGCGCGGGCUCCGUCUUCGUCGGGCCCACGUCGGGCCGCCCGGGCGCCUUUGUCCAGGUGUGCGGCGUUGGGAGUAAGGCCGGGCCCUCGAUUCCGCCCGGGUCGGUGCCGCCGUCGGACAGCGACAUCGACGCGGCGCCGCACAUCGAGCUCUCGGCCCCGGGCGCCGGCGCGGUGACCUGCCUGUGCCCGGACCACCACCGCGGGAUGCUGUGGUCGGGCCACGUGGGCGGCACCGUCUGCUGCUGGUCCGUCCCGCAGAACUGCGGCGAGGCCGUGCUCGCGCGCGCCUUCUCCGCGGCCAAGAGCGGCCACAUCUCGUCGAUCGCGAUCCUCCCGUCCGGCGACAUCGUCACGGGCAGCUCCUGGGGCUACCUCAAGAUCUGGACGCGGCCCGCGGGCGGGUGGCUCGGCGGCGCGAGCGGCAGCGGCGUGAACGCGGCGCUCGAGUCCCCCGGCGUCGCGAUGGCCGCCCCCGGGGAGGAGAUCGACAUGCGCAAGCCCUACGAGGAGCUCCCGCACGACGAGGUGCGCUUUCUGGCGGUGCCGCGGUGCGGGCGCGUGCUGUGGUCGGGCGGGAAGCACAACCUCGGGCUCUGGGACGCGGAGACGGGCCUCUUCCUCGGGUCCACGGGGCAGGGCGACGCCGCCAAGUACAUCGUCCCGCGGUCGCUGGGGCUGCCGCUGCUGCCGACGGGGCGCGUCGACGUCGCGCAGACGCCCGGGGCGGUCGCGGUGGCACAGAGCGACGCGUGGAAGGGCCAGGCGAUGGUCAAGCGCGGGCGCGCGCGCAUCAUGAACCUGACCAAGGUCGCCAUGCGGCGCAUCGGAGACCUCACGGGGAUGAACGCGCAGCAGGUGCACGGGCGGUCGCCGUCGGACGAGGCGCAGGGGGCGCCGAACACCUCCGGCGGGCAGUUCCCGUACGGCGCGCUGCGGGCGCUGAUCCCCGUGGGCUCGGACGAGAUCUGGGCCGGUUACCGGAGCGGGCGCAUCGAGGUGUACCACUACUCCGGGCGCCAGGAGGGGGGGAGUAAUGUUCCGGGGGGCAUCACGUGCAUGCAGGAGGUCGCGGGGAACGUGUGGAUCGGGCUGGCGGACGGGCGCGUGGUGGUGUAUUCCGAGGAGAUGCAGCUGCUGUCUGUCAUAGCGGCACACACCUCCCCCGUGUGCUCCGCGGGGCAGGUCGGCGCGGUGGCGGUGACGCUCGCCGGCACGGGCGCGCUGCACGCGUGGGCCGCGACGCUCCAGGGCAGCGAGAGCAACGAGGCGGCGAUCACGCGGCAGUGGCGACACGCUGUGGCGCAGGCGGCCUACUCGACCAAGGACGUGCGCAUCGCGGUGGGGACGUGGAACGUCGCGGAGCAGAAGCCGGAGCCCUCCGACCUGAUCAAGUGGCUCGAGGGCGCCGCGCGCGCCGAGGUGGUCGCGGUGGCGCUGCAGGAGGUGGACAUGAGUUAUACCGGGGUGGUGUCUGCGACCGCGGCCGAGGUGAUGGGCCGCGGGGCGACCUCCGGGGGCGCGGUCGGGCGGAACUGGACGCUCGCGCUCGCGGCCGCGCUCGAGGCGGCCGGCGGGCGGUGGGAGGUGGUCGCGGGGCGGUGUCUGGGGGGUGUGUUGCUGGCGGUGUUUUGCAGGGACGGACUCGCGCCCGUCGUCGGUGAGGUCGAGACCGCCGCGGUGUCCACAGGCGUGAUGGGCUUGGGCGCGAACAAGGGCGCGGUCGGCAUCCGGUUCACGGUGCUCCGCCGGACCUUCGUCGUCGUCGGGUCGCACCUCUCGGCGCACACCGAGAUGGUCACGCGGCGUGACGAGGAGUUCCACCUGGUGUGCAGCAAGCUGCGGUUCCGGCGGCCGCUGCACAUGCCCUCGGCGAUCGCGUCGCGCUGGGAGGCCGCGCGGCGCGUGGGCGCGAACGACAACGCCAGCAACGACCCCGCGGCGCUGGUGCCGGCCGGCUGGGGCGACGACGCGGGGCUGGACGACGUGUCCACGUCCGACGUGCGGGACGUGUCGGACCAGGGCCGCGACAAGACGGACGCUUCGAGCAUCUACAACACGUCGACGCUCGCGCCGCUGCCGUCCGCGGGAGGGGGCCGCCUCGGGAGCCUCACCAUGCACGACUCGGACGUGCUGAUCUGGGCGGGCGACCUGAACUACCGAGUCAACCUGACGUACGACGAGUGCAUCGAGCUGAUCAACGACCGCGACUUCAAGGGCCUGCUCCAGCAGUGCCAGCUCAUGGAGUCCCGGCGGCUCCUGCGUGCGUUUGGCAUGUUCACAGAGGGCCGGAUCACCUUCCCGCCCACCUACAAGUUCGAGAAGGGCGCGCCGGGGCUCAAGUACGACGCCGAGAAGCGCCGCCCGCCGUCCUACACCGACCGCGUGCUCUUCCGCGCCACCGCGGGCUCGCACCCGCUGUGCCCGACCGUCACGUGCCGCAGCUACGGCAGCUCGAUGGACGUCGUGGCGUCCGACCACAAGCCCGUCCUGGCGCAGCUGUCGGUGCACCUCCCGCACGUGGCCGUCGGCCGGCACCGCGCGGCCUUCUACGAGGCCCUCGCGGGCGAAAUCGACAGAACGGCCGCCACCGCGAAGCUGCAAGUCCGCCCCAAGGACCUGCAGUUCCUCCCCGAGGACCAGGAGCUUCGUGUGCGCUUGACGAACCCGGGGGACGAGCCGAUCGCGUUCCGCGUCUCCUCGCACCUCGGCAGCGCGUCCGGCGGCGGCCCCACGCUCGCUGAGGACCGCUGGUUCGACGUGUGGCCGGAUGGGGGGGUGUUGCAGCCGGGGGGCUGGCAGGAGAUCUCCGCGGAGUGGCUCGCGGGGCAGGCGGUGCCGGGCGUGCGCGGCGAGCUCGGGCACGGGAACAUGGGCGAGAGCCGCACGGGGUGGAUCAACAUCCAGGCGUGCACGCUCAACGCGCAGGGGCUGUCGUCGCAGAUGGAGGCGCCGUCGACUGUGGUGCGCGUGCUCGUGCGGGAGCCCGGUGCGGCCGCGCACGGGGGCCCGAGCGUGCGCGGAGCAGGCAUCCACCACUACCACAGCGGCCCUGGACCGUACGGCACGUCGGUGGGGUCGCAGCGCAUGGCGCUGUCCGGCGCGUCGACGGCGGAGGGGUCGGCGCACGGUCACGUGGCUCCGCUGGCGUUCUCGAGGCCUGUGCCGGCGGUGCGCGCGCAGGCGAUGCAGCAGAGCCCCUCGCACCCGAACCUGCGACGGUCGCCGGCGCAAGCGCAGGAGCCGCGCGCCAGCCAGGGCACCCGACCGCGGCCGCAGCCGAUCGUGCCGCAGAACACCGCGGGUACGCCGGAGUUCCUCAGCCCGCGCGAGUUCAGCCCCGGAAACACUGCGCGCGGGGAGCGGCCGCUGCUGGACCUGUCGUGA